CAACUGUAUGUCUUCGUUUUACAGUAGCAACAAAGAAGAACCUUCUUCCAUUAUUAUCAGUAUAUCAGAGGGGAGAGAAAGAGUGAGAGAAGAGUGUGUGUGUGAGAGAGAGUCUGGUGAUGGAGCUGAUUAGGCUUCUAUAUACAGCUAAGACUGAUUUUCCAGCAAUUUCGAGUUUCUAAGUAUCCAUCUCCUUUUUCUUUUCUUUUUUUUUUUACCAAUUUCCUGUUUUUCUAUCAGACCUCUUAUCCGCUGAAGAUUCUUUCAAAUAGCAGUGAGAAAAGAGAAUACGUGAAGAGAUCAUUAUGUACAGACAAUCACCCAGCAGGAACCAAAGAUCAAAAGGGAUUAAGGUUAAGUAUGUCCUGCAAGUUUGUUUGCUGCUGGCUGCAUGCUUUUGGUUGCUAUACCAAGUUAAACAUUCCCAUGACAAGAAGACAGGAUUUGAUGAAACUGAUGCCAAAAGCUCACUUCAAAAAACUAGUAGUGAUGAACUUAUAAGACUUGGAAGGAAAGAUAUCCGUCUUCGAGUUGACAAAAUGGACUCUGAGAAUGAGAUUCAUGAUGAAACAUCAGAAGAAGAGGAAACUACUGAAGAAGGAGAGGAAGAUAAGCAUGGUGAAGAUGAUUCAGAAGACAAGAAGGUCGAAGAGAGGGAUGACGACGAGGCAGGAGAUAGAGAGGAUGAAAGGGAAGAGCACGAACAAGAGAAACUUGAUACAGAAGUUCAUAAAGAACAAAGUUUGAUUGAUGGUGGGGAGAGAGAAGAUGGGGAGGAUAAUGAAAUUCAAGAAACAGAUUCUGAAAGUCAUGACCAAACGGAGAAGGAAAGUACUUCUGACGAUACUGAUCAUGAUGCAAAAGAUAUGAGUGCUCACGAAGCACGCGAGGAACAUUACAAGGCAGAUGACGCUUCUAGUGCUGUGACACAUGAUACACAAAUGGAGACAGAAAACGAGAAUGAACAUGUUGAGAACUCUAACGAACACCCUGGAAAUAUUUUAGAAGAGGAGACGAAAGAGAAUGAUAGUGAAGAAACUUAUGAAGGUGAGAACAGGAAAGAUUUGGAGGUGAAUGGAAGUGAGGCAGCUGGUGAUGUUCAUCAACCAAAUAUCACAACCACUUCAGUCAAGGAUGACACGUUACAUGACUCUGAGAAUGGUUCUACUCCUAAUAAUGCAACCACAGAAGGAUCCACUGAUCCUUUGAUAAGUAAUAGCACAACUACUGAGGUUACAUUUGAGAGCAAGGUGUUGCCCUCAGAUAAUUCAACAGACAGCAAGCCUGAGUUAGGCACUGAGGGUACUUCUGCUGAAGGAUCUGACAAUAAAACUGUUGAUCCAGAGCAGGGCAGUAAUUCUAUGUUAACUGUGGACAGUACUCAUUCGAACUCUAAUUCAACAAGCUCUGGUGAAACAAAAGACGCAGGAUUACUCCCCGAGGAAUUAUCUGAUAAUAGUACAGACUCUUCUGUAUCAGAAAAUUUAAGAUCAGAGGCUUCGAAUGAAGAAGGGAACAACACUACAGAGUCCUCCUCAGAAAAGAACAAUGAAUUCGAUGCUGAGAAAUCAGAUACAAGUGAUGGUAGAGAUGAAAGCUUGGAUUCUACAUCGGCUGAUAAUGCUGAAGAAGAAGUUCAAGCGGAUGCUAUUGAUAUAUCUGAUACUUCCAAUUCCAUGGAGGAGAAAGAUGUACGGGUGGAUCUUGACACUCUCCCUGACAUACAAACAGAGGGAAGUAGUAGCGAAGAUGUUGCUGCAGAGUGAAUAUAGAGGUAGCAGGGUACUGUUAAUCACAUCAAUUUCCUCGAAUUUAAGUUUCACCCCAUGUAUUCUUCCUUAAAUAUCAGGGUCCUUAUAGUAUAUUUUUGGUCCUUUUUCUUGUGUGUGAAAAUGUUAAGCUUUUGCUUUCGACUUUGCAUGUAGAACUUAGGCAAGGUGAUGGCGACCGGAUUCUGGCUCAUAAUGUAUCAGCCAACUCAUGUUGUUUUUGCUUAAGUUACUAAGUUUGCAACCAUGUUCUUUAA